CCUUCAUGCUGUACCCACAGGAGCUAUCAGGAUCUCGGGAGCACCGAAACUCGCCGGCCCACUUCCUACUGUAUUCAGUCAUACCUCAGCAUCCUCCUUACAGCUCGCAGAAGGAUUCUCACGUUCUCGGUACCCUUCUGCAGGGACCUGCACGGAGAGCCGUCAUGUUUAGGAGACAGUUCACCUUCCGAAGGAAGGCAUCUGAUGAUAAUGCCGAGGAGGAUCUCGGCAUUCAGAGGACGCUGUCGCCAUUCUCCUCUGAUGCCCCGAGGAGUCCGUCCAUUUCCCGGGAGCCAUCCCCGGGUGCGAGUUCCACCAAUAGUGAUGCCUACUCUAUCAACAGACAGUUCACCUCGUCCGCUCCGGCCUCCAGGCAGGGAACGUGGAGUUCGUUCCUCCAAGCACGACCGUCAACCCGGGGAGCAGAUUCCUCCGCAGAGGACCCAUUAGGUCUGACUGUGGUGUACCAGCCUGCCGGGCAACGCAGAGUGGAUAUUGUCUUCGUGCACGGCCUAGGGGGAGGCAGUCGGAGAACGUGGUCGUACAACCGCGAUCCCACUUUCUUCUGGCCCCUGAAGUUUCUCCCGUCCAAUCCACCCGUAGACGAAGCGCGUAUCCUGACCUUCGGGUACAAUGCCAACUUCCGGCCCGGAAGCGGCAGUGGCGGGAACAAGAUGUCGAUUUUGGAUUUCGCCAAGGAUCUCUUGUGGGAGCUCAAGUAUGCCCGAGACGAGUCGGUGGGCGGGAACUUGCGAAUGGGCGAGCGUCCCAUCAUCUUCAUUGCCCACUCUAUGGGCGGACUCGUUGUGAAAGAGGCCUAUCUCCGGGGCCAGAUUGACCCGGGCUACGCCCCGAUUAUCAAGGCCAUCGUGUCCAUCAUCUUCCUCUCAACACCGCACCGCGGCACCAACCUCGCUGAAACCCUCAACCGCAUACUGCAAGUCUCCUUUGCCGCUAGUCCGAUGCAGUUCAUCUCUGAGCUCUCGGCAGGAUCUCAGACCAUUCGGAGUUUGAACGAGGACUUCAGGCAUAUCGCCCCGAAGUUGAAUAUUUAUUCCUUCUACGAGACACAGCCCACACCGUUAGUGGGAUCUAGCAAGAUUAAGACGAUGGUGGUGGAUAGAGAUUCGUCUGUUCUCGGCUACACCGGGGAGGAAACAAAGCCCUUGAACGCGGACCAUCACAAUGUAUGCAAAUAUGCGAGUCCGGAUGAUCCAGCCUACCGACUUGUGAGCAACGCCUUGAAGACGGUAAUCGAGGAAAUCCCCGGCGCGUCACCACCCGGAGCGGGGGCCCUAUCCGUUGUCGCCGACUUGAGAGAAUACCUUUCCCUCCCAGAGUUACCGGACGCUGACUUCACCUUCUUCCGAAACCGCCGCACUCCCGGCACUUGUACCUGGAUUUUGAGCCACGAUACUUUCACAGGGUGGAUGGACGAUACCACGGCGAAGCCGCGAGUACUCUGGGUCCAUGGAACUGCUGCUAGCGGGAAGUCAGUCCUAUCCUCGUUUGUCAUCAACCACAUGGUCGAGUCCGGCCUGGCUUGCCACUACUUCUUCAUCCGCUUCACGUCGCGCGAGAAACGCGGCAUCAGCACGAUGCUCCGCUCUGUUGCAUACCAACUGGCAACCUCAACACCGGCAUACGCCGAGAGGAUACGGCAGCUGGAGGCGGCGGGAACCGAUCUCAAGACGGAGGACUACCACGAACUCUGGCAGUGGCUGUUUCAGCGGGCUCUAUUCCAAUUAGACCACCUAGACAGACCGCUCUACCUGAUUAUCGAUGGCCUAGACGAAGCAGACCGACCGGGCUCCGUGAUCAGACUGAUGGCGGACCUGCACCUGACUUCGCUUCCCAUCCGAAUCCUGGUGGUCAGCCGGAGCACACACGAACUCUCAUCGGCCUUUCAAAGGCUGGCAAAUAAGAUUGACAUGGAAACGAUUCGCAUCGACGGAAACCCAGUCGAUUUCCGAACAUACAUCGACCAAGAGAUGGAGCUCGGCGGGGAUGCCGAAUACAAGGAGCACGUGGCCAACCAGCUGCUGGACCGGGCAAAGGGGAACUUCCUCUGGGUGCACCUGGCCGUUCAGGAAAUCAACUCGUGCCACACGCGGCCGGAGAUUGAGAAGGCCCUGACAGAGCUGCCGUCCGGCAUGGAGGCGCUGUACGACAGGAUGGCCGCCUCGGUCGAGGCAGCGUCUAACAAGAGCAAGGGAGAACAGCGGAAGCUGGGGCAGACCAUUAUCGGUUGGGUCGCAUGCGCGCAGCGGCUGCUGACCGUCGAUGAGCUGGCGGACGCGCUCAAGGAGACAGCCAGUGGCUUUCUCGAGAUGCGCCGGAGCAUCGUAGACCUGUGUGGCGGCUUCGUCACCGUGGACCAGGAGGGGCGGGUGGCCAUGAUCCAUCAGACGGCACGGGAAUUCUUGACACGCGGAGCCGAAAAGGGGCGGUCGUUGGUCAUAGACGUCAGACCUACCAACGACGCACUCCUUAAACGCUGUCUAGCACAACUGACGCACCCUUCGCUGCGAAGUCAGGUGAAGCACGGCCGAGCGCCCGCGCUGACGCAGUACGCUGCCACUGCCUGGCCGCACCAUCUGACGCUGUCGUCGGCUCUCACAAAUCCGGAAAUCCUGGACGCCGUUGCAACCUUCCUCAAAGGUCCUGACGUCCUGACCUGGAUUGAGAUCGCCGCCAGGUCGAAGGAGCUGAGAGCCCUAGUGGCCGCCUCUCGCCACCUCGCUGACAUUUUGAUCAAGCUGCGAAGGAGGACGGGAGAGGACGAGUCGCUCGAGGAUUGCCAGGCCGCAGCUGUUGUGGACGGCUGGGCGACAGACCUCGUGAAGAUAGUUGGUAAGUUUGGGAGCAACCUGCGGUCGAAACCGGACUCCAUCUACCAGCUCAUCCCACCUUUCUGUCCUGAGGAGUCCAUGAUGUACCGGCAAUUCGGGUGCAAGGAGAGCCGGCUGGGGAGGCUUCACGUCUCCGGCUUGACCAGCAGCACGUGGGACGACUGUCUUGCCCGCUUCUCCCUCCCCACCGGAUCAAUGGCAUCCUCGAUCAUCACAGCAGGGGGCCGUAUCGCCCUCCUCAGCAUGUUCCGCACCUCAAGCGAGAUCAUCAUCUACAACUCGGCCACGCUCGAGGAGCAGCGACGGCUCUCGCAUCCCGAGCGGGUGCUGAUGAUCCAGGCCAACAAGCUGGGCGACAUGCUUGUCAGCUACGGCUACAAGACCACCAGGGUUUGGGACGUGUCAUCCGGGGAUUGCCUCAAGACGGUCCCGAGUCCGGCCAAGCGACCGCACAGCAUCAUCUUCGCCGAGAGACAGAACAUGGUGCUUGUCUGUGGCGAAGACAGGCGCAUCAGGAGUUUCACGCUCGACGAUGACUCGGCCGAGUGGACUGUCCACGUGGAGAUCGAGGAGCAGAGCGUGCUCGAUGAUCCCAUUCUCAACUUCCCCAUCUGCUCUGCUCUGAGCCCCGACGGCAGCAAGGUUGCCUUUGGCUACCGCAACCACCCGCUCACUGUCUGGGACCUGGAAGGGGAAAAUGGACCCGAGCGCAUGGCCUUCUGCUACGGUCGCCCAGACGAAGCGGACAUGGCGUUGGAGCAGGAGGUGUGGGGAGAAGUGUUCCAGGUGGCAUGGCAUCCCCUCAGCAACGAGGUCUUUGGCCUUACCCAGGUUGGCCUAUUGUUCCGAUGGGAUCCCGACGACGACUAUACCGCCGCCGAUGUCGAGGCAUGGGGAAAGUGCCUCGCCAUUAACCGCGAUGGUUCUCUCGUUGCGACGGGCGACGGAGUGGGAACGAUCAAGAUCUUCGCGAGUGCCGACUUCUCCAAGCUCUACCAGCUGUCUUCGAAGGACCCGGUGCUCUAUCUGACCUUCAGCAGCGAUUCGCGGCGGCUAUAUGACGUGAGAGGGCUGUACGGCAGUGUGUGGGAACCCAACACGCUCGUCCGGCUUGCCGACUGCCCAGACCACAAUAGCGACACCAACAGCGAGACCGAGAGCCUGGCCAAGGUGUCUCUCCUUGCGGAGCAUCACUCCGCCCGAGUUGACAGGGUUAUCUGUCUGGCAGGCCAGUCCUUUGGGCCUCUCUACUGCUACGGCACGGUGGGCGGCGUGGUGACGCUCGGCGAAGCUGGGCGAGGCGUGGUCUGCGAACUCGCGCGGGUCUCCAGCUACAUGCAGAUCAAACACAUUGUCUGGAGCGGUGACGGGAGGCUCUUGGCAUUUUCCGACCUCUCCGGAAAGCUCAUAGUCAAGCGGGUAGCCCGGUCCGGCCAGCAGCGAAGCAUGUGGGAGACCUCGGACGAAUUCGGCGUCAAGAUCUCGCCCAAAGACGGCAACAUUAUCAGCCAGUUAAUUUUCCACCCUACCGGCAGCGAGAUCUUUGCUGCGACGCCGGUGAACCUCUUCUCCAUCGACAUCCAGUCCCGAACUAUAAUGGAAUCGCCUCUCGAACCGGGAUCAGAACACGCACUCAAAGUAAAGUGGGCAUGCCAUCCGACGAGAUCCGACACGCUUCUCGGCUUCGGCAACGCGAAGGUGCACGUGUUCAGCUGGAACGACCUCCGCCAGACCGAAGUGCACACCUACUUCCCGCUCCGAGCCGGGAGGUCGUCUACGCUCUCCAUCUCCUCCGCCGCCUACGCACUCGCCCCGAGCGUUCAGAACGAUACCGAGAAACUCGGGAGGUUGAUCACCAAUACCGACUCCCCGGAGAUCCUGCUGGAGAUCUCGUCCCCCACCCCGUCAGGCCAGUUCAAGAGCCAGUAUCUCUUGUUCGACAUCGGAAACCUACAGCUAGGCGAGGACGACCCGGCGGGAAGUCCCAAGAUGCUGCCCUACAGCGUUCUGGAUCCGGAGAUGUCGUCGCGUAUUCGUGAGCCUCUUGCGAUCCUGUCUCGAAGAAGGCUGGCUUUUCUCGACGUGGACCGCUGGGUUUGCACUUGGAGGUUGCCGUCGACAACAUGGGGAGCGUCGCAGCUCCAGACCAGGAGGACUUCACAACCUGGCGUGGCCACGGGGAUCGAGCGGUAUUACUUCCUUCCGAGCGAUUGGGUGACCGGUAAUGAUACCCGAUUGUGUAGCGUCACACCGGACGGGACAUUGUUGUGUUCCCGCAACGGGGACGUGGUGACGGUGCAGACUUCUAAAUUACGGAAGUAGUCCUGGCAGAAUUACUUCCCCUCGGAGUUAACAAAGCGUGUUGAGGAAGUAUAUGGGGUUUAUUGUGAGAGUUAGCAAUGUGCAGUCUGGAGAUCGGCAGUCUAGGCUCCUGGAAGAGUUGCCAAGUCGCUCUCCUCCUGUCCAACUUCGCCGACUCGUCUAUACGGGGACCUGCUCAAGGCCAGCAUGGUGACCAACACUCCGACAUUGUUCUGUGGUC